AUGUUCCGUAAUGUGUUGGUUGCUCAAAAUGAUUCCACUAACCGUGCUACGCUACAUAUGAAUAAAAUUACCAUUGUAGGCGCUACCACGGUCACCGAGUUUGCUGCCGACAUGAUCCCUACCCUGAGCUUCGACUUUAUGAGUUUCAGCAAGGUCAUAAAUGGUGCAGAUGAAAGUUUGCUCAUAGAUAUCAUUGGUCAUGUUAUUGAAAAAAAACCAAUGAAGGACGUAUCGAAAAAUGGAAGGAAAGACAACCUAAUGGAGGUGGUUCUUCAGAAUUUAGAAGGCAACACUCUUAAAUGUGCACUGUGGAACAAUUAUGUUGAUGAUUUCGAAAGUUUUCUAGCCAAACAUGAUGCACAAUCUCCUAUCAUUGUUAUUUUACAACUGUGUCAAAUAAAGAGCUUCCAAGUUCAAAUCGGUGCAAUGAACAUACAAAAGAAUUGGCCCCUCUAUACUAUUAAGUCGAUGCACGAUGAAGAAGAACUUAUUCGCCAAUUUAAGGCUAUGUACUGCAUCAAGGAAUCCGACGAAGACGAAUCCAUUGAAAAUUUUGUUCAGCAUCAAGAUGACAGUUCUAAUGCUUUGAGUACAAGUAUUGAUGACAAUACUCCUAUCAUUUAUUUGGGUGAGAAGCGAGUUGACGAGGGUGCUAUAUCUAAUUUAUCUCACGAUGAUACAACUCAGAUGUCCUCUACUACAGCGUUAAAGAAGAUCAAGAUUGAGAAGCUUUCGAAGUGA